UCUCGACAAGCGACUAAUUCGAAACUCAGUCUUAAUUGAAUGCUCGCAGCGAAACGACGACGUGUUGCGCACAGAAAAACCUAUUCAUUCCAUACAUCCACGUAGAAAAAACCAUGAAGUUUCUGACUUUGCUGGCCGUCCUGGGCCUUUUGAUCGCCCUCUUUGCCGGAUCCACGGAGGGCAGCUAUUGUCCUUGCGACCUGAAGACCAAGGGCACUGAGGUCUGCGGCUCGAAUGGGGUUACCUUCAAAAACCGCUGCGAGUUCGAGUGCAGCCAAAGGGAUUACAAGAAACUGGGACGCACCCUGAACAUCAAGAACGAAGGACCUUGCAGCUCGACGAUCUGAUAUGUUUCUAAAUCUUCGGUCCCAAUUGGAAUUGGAGUCAAAUCCGUAGAUACUGUAGUGAUGAGAUAGUUCUCGAGCUGAAUAAGUAACUAUCAAAAGCUUAAUACUCUUGUUGAAACCAUCUGAAAAUGCUUCCUCUCGUUUAUCAGUAAUGUAUAUUAUAACCAAGAUACUCUAAACAAA